AAGUUGAUCUGUUGUGGGGAAAAAACUGAUAAUAUGUGUGUUCAAUUUGCAUGAUAUCGCGUAGCAAGACAAAAAAACUGUAGAGGACUUUUUUCUCCUUGACGGCUUGGUCUCCUGUCGCGGAAACAGAGCAACGCAAAAUGUUGUGUGGUAUGUUGGAGAGGGACAAACAGUCUCUUCGGAAAUGCUCUUUAGUUUUGUCCAAACAGCUGGUGGUGGAUGAGCUGCUCAUUCAGUCCCUGCAGGCAGACAACAUCCUGACUGAGAACAUGGCAGAGACCAUCAUGGCUGAGCAAACAUCUCAGAAACGCAGCUGGCGUUUGUUGCUUCUCCUGCCAAAGCGAGGACCCAGAGCUUUUAGCAGCUUUUGUUCAGCACUCCGAGAAACUGAGCAGCAGCACCUGUGUGAUCUGAUCACGCAGUCAUCGGAGGAGGAUGACAACGAGACACUCGUUGACACAUCCUUAGAGGAAGUGAGCGAAGCGAGCAGCACCUCGUCUUUCCCAGCCUGGUCUUCAGAUAGCAACAAAACAGAAUCAGAGUCAUCAUCCAGAGAGUUGACCCCAAUCAGGGACAAGGACAGGAGCAAAGAGAGACAAAGGACAAAGAGAACUGUGAGAUCUCCUCCACAUCCAACUCAGGAGGAAUUUCCUGCAAAGAGAGCAAGAACACAUGAGUCCAUGGAGUUCAGCCUGGAUGCCGACAGUCCCAUCAACCCUCCCGUCCUCCCCUGCACACCUGACUUUUACCUCUCUCGCUGCCAGCAGUCUUACAGAAUGAAAUCCGCCCCUCGUGGCCUUGCCUUGGUUAUCAGUAACGUGACCUUUGACUCUGGUGCUGCUCCUGACCUUGACCCAAGAAAAGGAGGUGAAGUGGAUGACGAAGUCCUCAGGAAGGUUUUUACAGAGCUGGAUUACCUCGUCAGUGUCCGCAGAGACCUUACAGCUCAGGACAUGAGGACAUGCAUUGAGACAUUCUGCAGGCAGUCAGAACACCGGACAAUGGACAGUUGUGUGGUGUGUCUGCUGUCCCACGGAGUGGAGGGGGCAAUUUAUGGCACAGACGGACAACUUCUCCAGCUGGACUGGGUGUUUGAGGCUUUUGACAACGCGCACUGUCCGCUGCUCCAAAACAAACCAAAGAUGUUUUUCAUUCAGGCCUGCAGAGGAGAUGAGAUGGACUGUGGAGUGGAGCAGAUCGACGGGCCAGCGAGGACCCUCUCCCCUAGCUGCGAACAGAGAGACGCUGGGAGGGAAGGAGAGGGGGAUGCAGACACGACACAGAGUGGGGACCUGAGGAGGCCAAGAAUUAAACUGCCCCAGCGCUCAGAUAUGAUCUGUGGCUUUGCGUCUCUCAAAGGUCAGAAAAUUUGCACAGCAGCCAUGAGAAACACUAAGAGAGGGUCCUGGUUCAUCCAGGAACUCAACUCAGCACUCCGCCUUUGUGCCAGAGACACACACCUUGCAGACAUCCUGGUGCAGGUCAACAGGCGUAUCAAAGAGAGGGAGGGUUACGCUCCGGGCACGGCCCACCAUCGCUGCAAAGAGAUGUCGGAAUUCACCAGCUCCCUCUGCAAAGACCUCUUCCUGUUCCCCAAGUACCAGCCUCAGUAUUGACAAACAGCAUCGCACUUCAAAUAAACCCUGAUCAUUCCACAGAGUGAA